UCUUUACAAUACUGUAUUGUCAGUUGCGAUUGGCAGAAGCCAGCCUAUUUAUUCAGCCUCCAAUCAAACAACACCUUGCUUCCGAAGAUUUAUAAAUUUAGCAUAUAUUAUAUUAUACAACAACAAAUCGAUAUUGAACUUCAAACAAUUGAAGUAAUUCUUCACCUUGACAACUUAAUUCGAUCGUUCUUGGCUAACGCGACAGUACUGCAUCGGGGAAAAAUGGUCCAAAGGUGCCUUUUCCAAUGAUUAUUGAUUCGUCUCAGAAGCAGACUAGCGAUGACGAGGAUGCCACAAGAUACAGGUGUGCUUAGACAGCUUAGGCUUGCGAAAAUCGCAAUGAUUUUCUUCAUGAUCGUCCCAGGGGGAUUUGCUCAAAGCAAUCGUUUUGUACCGGAGGAGGAAUGCAAGGAAGUUGCUAGCCUUGAAGUCCAUUACAACGAAUUCUUUGAGUUAUAUUUGGGGCACAAUGGUACGCAUGAGGAACUCCAGGAAGGUGGAAUCAUCUACAAGAGUCUGAGGGAAGCCAUGAAUGAAUGUUGUCCUGGCAUACCGCUGAAUUUUAAGCUCGUAAAUGAGUCUGUUGAGUACUUGGUGCAAAGAGAUAUAUUGCUGCACCACGAGGCCCAGAAACAACAAAAUACGUCCCAUGAGUUGGUCUUCUAUUUUCCCGAGUUUACUUCACAAGGAAACCUAGAAGUUUACUCGCAUCAAAUCCCGUUUUUAAAGUUACGAAAAUCGCCUGGCUUUGCUUUGAUAAUGUUGAAGAGUGAGUCACAUUUGGACAUCUCUGCAUUAGACGUGAUUGGUCCAUCUUGGCCAAUAUUCGCUCUUCUGUUGUCGCUUGCCUGGGCCGUAGGGAUCUUAGGAUGGGUGUUGGAUCACCGUUACAAUCCGGAAGAAUUCCCUACUCCUUUUAUUAGAGGAAUGUUUGAAGGAUUCUGGUGGUCCAUGGUUACUAUGACAACCGUAGGAUACGGUGACAAAGCACCUAAGUCGUUUUUAGCCCGUAUUCUCUGCAUUAUUUGGAUACUAGCGGGAGCUGUGUUACUCUCCCUGUUCACAGCGAAUACGACAUCAAUUAUCACAGCGAGUAGAUUUGAGAAAAACGCCCAAACUAUGGGAAAGAAGAUUGGCGUCGUAAACAUGAAACAAUUUGUGGAAGCAGAGUUAAACCUUGGCGCUCAACUUAUAGAAUACACGAAAGUCGAAGAAGCUCUAAAGGCACUAAACAACAAGAGCAUAGACCGGCUGUUGUUUCCACACUACUUGGACCUCUUGUACAUUAUGUCCGAUCCCAAUUUUCAUGUUCCUAUGCUGACUGAUAUCUAUAUUGCAAGAGAGUUUGACAAACCGUAUCAAAUCGGUAUGGUGUUGUCCCACGGUGAAUAUUCCUCUAUCAAAAAUAAUAGAUUCUACACUUGCCUGGAGAUCAUGACUUCAAGAGCUAAUAACAAGCACGACUACGAUUAUUCUCUGAUUGAUGGUUCUAUCAUUGACGACAAGAAGGACACGUUUGACACUAAAAUUACUCUUCAUUAUCUCUACGGCAUAUUGGGUGUGAUCGGUUUCAUGCUUAUUAUUGGAGUGGCCAUCGAUGUUUACAAUCUCUCUUACAAGCCGACUGGCGAAACAAAGAAACGAGAAUCCGCAGAACACGCGCAAGAACUGGCAAGACCUGUGUAAUCUAUAAACCUUCUACUCGGACAGUCUUUAGGUUAUCGGUGGUAUCCGACAUGCAUGCAACGAUAUGCACAACGAUAAAGCACCUUUGCAACGCAACUGUCAAGAAUGGCACAAUUAAAUGACGACCUAAUUUUUAUCUGCUAGAGCUAAGUGCAAAAUUAUGUUUUACCUACUAUCACUGACUCUGAAAAUGCGCGCUGGACUGAGCGAAAUUAUAUAUUUAGAAAAUAGUGAUAAAUAAAAGUCGAUGCACACUUUAGUAUAAUACUUUUUGUU